AGUCACUUCAAAUAGUCAAUCAAAAUAUCGAGAGAUGGAGCUAUCUCUUUCUUGUGUUUAGUGAGGAGGCUGAGAAAAAAAGGUCCAACGGUCGAAAAGAAAAAGCACUUCCGUUGGAUGACGAAUAUGCUUUUUCUUCAUUUUGAUGACGAAACACUAGAAGAACACCUGUCAAUAUUACGGGACCUUCCACUGAAAGGGGGAGCCAGCCAUUACUACCAAAUAUGAAUGAGAGAUUGGUUUAGUAAUGACAUCUUAAAUAAGCCUUCUACCUAUCCCUCAGUUGAAGCACCUAAAGGAGAGUCUCGUCUCCGCUGCUACAAUUGCUUCAGCGGGAGAGCUGCUGUCGGUAUUGGAAACGGACUUCGUUCCUCGUCGAUUCAUUCCGUGACUAGAAAGUCAUCAUUAGCUAAACCAAAUUAUUUGGUUAUGCCAUUUUGGGCUUUGCUUUAACCGAAGCUAUUGCAUCGUUUGCCCCAAUGAUGGCUUUUUGAUCUCAUCCGUAUUCCGAUCGAAGAAAGAAGAUAACCUUUUUCAUUCUGACUACUAUCCUUGUUGAAGCGGAUAUAGCUCACAGUGCUCUCAUUUAUAGAUACUGGAAAUUAAAAAGUCUCAUGAAGAAAGCCAAUCUUCUGAAUAUUAUGACUUUAUUGGUAAGACCCUUCGUAAGAUGGAUAAUAUCCAUCUUAUAUUAUUACGUACUUACAAUGGUUCAUGGGCUGCUGUUAUUUCCAGACCUUUGAUUCUGGUUUCAUUUUUUCUGUGGAGUCCUUGGAAUCAAGCUCAAGCUAGACCGAGGACUCAUUUGGCAUUAACGUGCUUCUCGAGCCGGAACCUUUAUCUCCGGCGUAAGCCGCCUUAUCAAACAUUCGCGCACAAAGCGCGGACACAGAAAACUCUUUUCCGAUAUAUGGGCUCUGGAAGCCCCCAACUCGCCCCUGGGCUACCACCACAGCUCAACCCAGGCGAAUAUGACUGGUACGCGAAACUUUGGGGAGUGUUGUGAAUGCGAACCACUACUCUCGCACUCUCCAAAACGAGAUAUUCCAAGUCCAUAUGAUGGAACUAAAAAACGAUCUUGUAAAGAUCUUUGAUUCUCAACGCUAAUGCUGGAACCCCAAAUCGGGGAAAUUCUGAAUGUUGCGCUUUACGGUGAUAUUCGACAAGAAGCCUUCGAAUUUCUCGAAGCAAAGAUUCGACCCGUAAGCUCAAUCCGAGAAAGUUUUGAACGAAAUAUAUUUACAGGUAGCCUAAACCACGUGAUUCGAGAUAUCGAACAAAGGGGGGCUACCGCCUCCAUCUACAAAGAAUUCUAUUCGUACUUCACUGACGAGGAAUUCCGACGGUCGACGAUCGACCCAUAAGACUCACCUCUGUUCUGUGGUUCUUAUCUUCCUAUUUCUCAGCCACCGCUUACUUCUCCCUUGACUCUAUCAAAUCCAUCUUUCAUGGAAUUCUCUUCUAUAGGAGAAGAAAGGGUUUGGAAUUCUUUCUAUUUUUGAUUCAUGGACUCCUUUUUUGUUUAGCAUCCCCUUUCUACAUUCCAUUAUUUUAUGGAACCUGGUGUGGAAUCACCACACAUUCAUUGUUGGUCUGGCUGCUGGUCUAGCGAGCCUGACUAUCCUAGCCGCCUAGAAGCCUGCCUGCCGAAGACCAUCACAUAAGUAACUCAGUGCUCCAUACGGGGGAAAUGAAAGCAGAAUUCGUUCGUAUCCUCUCCCACAUGUUCAAUCUUUUUUUAGCGGUUUCCCCAGAAAUCUUUCUCAUUAAUGCAACCUCUAUUUUGCUCAUUCAUGGAGUUGUAUUUAGUACCUCUAAGAAAAAUGAUUAUCCACCGUUAGUCAGUAAUGUGGGUUGGCUUGGAUUACUUAGUGUUGCGUAUCUAAUAACCUUGCUUCUGCUCGCCGCCGGCGCACCUCUCCUAACUAUUGCCCAUUUAUUCUGGAAUAAUCUUUUUAGGAGGGAUAAUUUUACAUAUUUCUGCCAAAUCCUUCUAUUAUUAAGUACGGCUGGUACCAUUUCGAUGUGUUUCGAUUUUUCCGAACAAGAGAGGUUUGAUGCUUCUGAAUCCAUUGUAUUAAUUCCACUUCCUACUCGCAGUAUGCUCUUUAUGAUCUCGGCUCAUGAUUCAGUUGCCAUGUAUUUAGCUAUUGAGCCUCAAAGUUUAUGUUUUUAUGUGAUCGCAGCAUCAAAAAGAAAGUCUGAAUUUUCCACGGAAGCCGGCUCGAAAUAUUUGAUCUUAGGUGCAUUUCCCUCUGGAAUAUUAUUGUUUGGGUACGACCGGACAACUACCGAUAUCUAUUAAUAUCUGAUUUUCGAAUGUAGUUUUGUUAAAUAUAUAUCUAUCUAUAUCGUAAACUAUUGGAUCGGGUAUUACUUAGAUGUGAACCUUGCAGACCUCAUUGGUUGUUCUAUUGUGAUCUUACGGGGGGGAACGAAAUCAAAGAAUAUAUAGACUUGUAGAGACCCCCUCUAUGUAGUUGUCUAUCUAGGGCGAUCGAUCUACAUCUUUCCCCAUAGCCCUGGGUGGGGCUAUGUCUCGAUCUCCUAUGUGCGAAAUCUAAGGGACUAGUUCCUAUGGAGAUUCCCCUUGGUCUAAUUCCACGCCUUAUGACGAAGGGGGAGUCGGCGUGGCGUAAAGUGAAGAUUGAGGGAAGCUUAAGCUUUCCUUAUGGGGUAUUCCGAAGGUGUAACCUAGGCAACGAAAAAGGGGCCCGAUACUUCAACUAGAGGAGCGACCAGUUGGUUCACCAAACCCCGACCCAGCGUCACACGUUCUCCAGGUCCGAAGGGAUCCAGUGCCCAACUACCGACUCCUCCCGGAAUUGCGUUAUCGGAGUCGAGCCAGGAAUGGCCGUUAGUGGACACCCACCACUUUUCACCGGUUAGAGAGGCCCUCUUUAAUACAUUAAGAAAAGAUGUUCACAGGGGCCAGAAAGACUCGGUCAUAGGAACUUAGACCACCUACGCGCUGGUAAACUAAAACCACCUCCGACCGGAUCAGAGUCAACAACAAUGUCGAAUCAGGCCGCCCCUUGCCUUGAAAGAAUUCACACGCGGCCACCCGCUUUCCAAAAAGAAAGGGGAAUCUGCUGCUUACUGCUCACGAAAACAU